CACCAGCUGCGUGCCCGCCGUGGUGGACGGCAGGCGCGACGCCAGGCUGAGACCGUCCAGGUGGAGGAUUUUUCAGAUUCUAGAUGCAGCAAGUAAGGAUAGACGGGGUUCUCCAAACACUAAUCCAGGCGCCAACUCUCCGUCAUCCACAAAGGCCCGGAACACACCUAAGAAUGGGAAGAACUUCCACUACAUCACCAUACUCCGCGACCCAGUGUCCCGGUACCUGAGUGAGUGGAGGCAUGUCCAGAGAGGAGCGACGUGGAAAGCAUCCCUGCAUGUCUGCGACGGGAGGCCCCCAACCUCCGAAGAGCUGCCCAGCUGCUACACUGGAGACGACUGGUCUGGCUGCCCCCUGAAAGAGUUCAUGGACUGUCCCUAUAACCUAGCCAACAACCGCCAGGUGCGCAUGCUUUCUGACCUGACCCUCGUCGGCUGCUACAACCUGUCGGUCAUGCCCGAAAAGCAGAGGAACAAGGUCCUCCUGGAAAGCGCCAAAUCGAAUCUGAAGCACAUGGCGUUCUUCGGCCUCACCGAGUUUCAGCGGAAGACCCAGUAUCUGUUUGAGAAAACCUUCAACAUGAACUUUAUUUCGCCGUUUACCCAAUAUAACACCACUAGGGCCUCUAGCGUAGAGAUCAAUGAGGAAAUCCAAAAGCGCAUUGAGGGACUGAACUUUCUGGAUAUGGAAUUGUACAGCUAUGCAAAAGAUCUCUUUUUGCAAAGGUAUCAGUUUAUGAGGCAGAAGGAACAUCAGGAAGCUAGGCGGAAGCGUCAGGAACAACGCAAAUUUCUGAAGGGAAGGUUCCUUCAGACCCAUUUCCAGAGCCAGAGUCAGGGCCAGAGCCAGAAUCCGAGUCAGAAUCCGAGUCAGACCCCGAACCUAAAUGCCAAUCAGAAUGUGACUCAGAAUCUGAUUCCGAAUCUGAUUCCGAAUCUGACUCAGAGCUCGGGUCAGAAUCCGAGCCCGAAGGAGAACCGGGAAAGCCAGAAGCAGAACCCUGGCCAAGAGCAGAGCGAUGGCAACACCAGCAAUGGCACCCAUGACUACAUAGGCAGUGUAGAGAAAUGGCGCUAAAUGGCUCCCAAAGGCUUUUGCACACUUCUCCCAAAGCGCCAGUCAAAAUAGGGCAAGUCUUCAAACAUGAGAGUGUCCAGACACAUCCUGCUUCCUUAAGUUUGGAAGUUAAAAAAGCUAAGAUGUUGCCUUUACAGUUGCCUUUCAAUUCAGUGUUCUACUGUGCGUGGGUAAAACAAAUUUCAAUAUGCAAUUAAAUUGUCUUUUUUUUUGGUUCGUGGGGAAUUUAUAAAAUCCAAAAGGCAAACCAGACUCAUCAGAAAUUGCUGUUUAGAUAUUUUCAGAAGUUCUUAAAUUAGUCAUAGAGACAAAAUGAAAACAUAAAAUGUGGCCGUUUAACUUAUAGCUAAGAAAUGGACUUUACAUUAUUCAUGAUACACUGUUGAAACCCAGUCUUGGAAGCAAACAUUUUUUUCCAGGGCUAAGCAUGAAUAUAACACAAAAGAAACUAAAAUUAAACACGAAACUGUUCAUUUUCUUCUGAUUUUAACAAGGAAUCUAUUUAAACAGAAUAAGAACUGAUGGCAGAGUUUACCAAACUGUAGAAAAUGAAAAACUUCUCUCCCAAACAUGGGUAGUUUUAUGUAAAAAUAUUGGCUUUCGAGUAGAACGGGACUCAUAUCUUGUUAUUUCAGAGAUGUUUAAAAUUUUAAACUUUUUCUGCCUUCUACUAUUUAAAGGUUUUAAACAGGGUGUAUCUCAUAUUAAAUAAAACACUUUUUCCAAAUGGAGUACCAAUGCAAAGAUCUAAUUUCCAGAUGAUUUCUGGGCACUGUAAUUUCAACAAUUCUGGACUCUUUUUGGCGCUGCUUCUCAUUCAUUUUAAAGCUUCUCCGAGCUGUGCUCAUUCCAAACUAACCCGUUUUAGAAUCUUUCUUCAUCAUCUAAAUGGUGUGUUGCUGAAUUCAUUGUGAUAAUAUAAUCCUGGAUUAAAGUCAGGACUUUCUUUCUGUAGAACUGUCUUAUCAAUGUUUGUGUAGUGAGGUCCUUAUCAAGAAACUCUUGAACAGGAUAAUGUGUCUUAAAAUAUUGCUCAAGUUAUUAUUCUUGAUCAGAUAGAAUUAAACCUGAAUGUGAAUGAAUUGUUAUUUACUUUUUGUGCAUUUUUAUUGUAAUGUUUCCAGUAGGGCUGGCUAUUUUCUAGCCCAUUAGUUCUUUUUCGUGUUGACAGAGUAUAGACAAUUACAAGAGAAAAAACAAGGGUAGAAUAAGCACUAGGAUAGUCAGCAUUAUUCAGUAACACCAAAAGCUUUACCUCCAUACUUUGGGUGAACCGUGUACCAGGUUUUGUUUUGAGAAAACAAAAGGCAGGAGUGUUCUGCAUUGAGGUUAAACAUCAGAAGCAUAUGGAUUGAAGAAAGUGAUUUGGUAUUGGAAGUCUGUGCAGAAAUACUUUUAGGGUAUCAACUGCGAAUUGCGCAGGGCAAAAAGAAGGAUGUAACCCACCGUGCAAGCAGGCAUCCUGAUUCUGGGCAGUUUCCAUUUUACGGGUUUUGCUAUCCUUUCGUAAGGACUUACGCUAAGCCCCUGGCUGUCAAUCAAAAAGCAACUGGAAGUGGCAUUUAUGUUUUCACGAGGGACAUGCUUAGAAGUGUGACCAUAAAGUCACAUCUUGUACAAUCUUCUCAUUUGCAUGAUCUAGUUUCAUCUGUAAUAAUAAGGCCACAAGCUGGACAAGAAGCUGAGUACUUGGUUAAAAAAUAAAUGUUCUUGACUCUGCACUUGUAUCAGUAGAUCUAAAUUUUGUUUUGUCCGACAGUAUCGCAGUCCUGGGAAUCUGAGAACUGGAAAACUGAAAGGAAAAAAAUUUUCAAAAUCCAAAACAUCUUGAAGUCAAACUGUUUUAGAGUGAAACUAUUUUGUGUACUUUGUGUUUUUAAACUAAUGAUUCUGUAGAUCACUGUGGUAUUUCAAUUUUGUUUUGUUUUGAUUGAUAUUGUUUGCUCUUAAAACUGAUAGGUACUGCUGGAAAGCAGGAUGAAGCCCGAGCCAGUGGAAAAGCUUGUUACAGAAAAAAUAUUUUGUGUUAUUGCUGUGGUGUGCAUGGUUUGCAGAGAUUAAGUGCAUUUUCUCUGUCUAUACUGAUUUAUUGUAUAUAGGGGAUGUUAUAAAUAUACAUUUUGGUCACCAUCAUGUAAAUCCCAUGAUUUUGACUGUAAACAUCUUUCCAGUGGUGUAGCUUUACAAACCAUUCACUGAUUUUUGUGUAAUUUAACAAUAGAUAUGAAAUAAACUUUAAAUUACA